AUGGGCUGCGGUUCUAGUGCGCAAACGGCCGAUACGUCGGCCUUCAAUGGAAAGGUGAGGGCCCUCUCUGUUGACAUGAAGACGCACUUCGCCGCCAUAGACCUGGAGGUGCUUGGACCUCACAAGGAGAAUGCGAAGGCAAAGCUGGCCUUCAUUUACGGCAAGACGGCGAAUAUCUUCCUGCUGACCACCCAGCCUUUCCACAAGCCGCCCCAUCAGCCGAAGCCGGAGGGCGAAGAGAACGCUGCUGAAGAGGUCGAGAGGCAAGCGUCAGCGGUGGAGGAGAUUCGCUGGAUCCUUUUCAACGACAGCAAGAGCGACGCCACGGUGGAGGCGACCUUCUUCCGUGCCGAGGCGCUACGCCCGGCGCGUGCGCACCGGGCUGCCGAAGAUGCGGAGAGUCCCGUAAAGCUCGAGUUCUCCGACGGCGGUUGCGUGAAAGCGAAGGUUUCCGUGCCAGCAGGUGCCACCAUGGCCUUCGUGGAGGGUCCCAUCAAGGGGUACAUGUGGAAGUGCAUGGUGUUCGACCCCAAGACGAGCAGAUUCGAGCCUGCCCUAGCGGCAGAGUGA